GGCAGUCUUUGUCAAGUAAUCUUAUUAUGGGCUUUGCAUUCACCUCGCGUUUCAUAGGCUCGACAUACUUGUGCACUAUUAAUGUUGUAAACACCUCCCUCCUAGUGCACUUUCCAGUCUUAAAGGUUUCCUGGUAGCUGCGAGAAUGUGGUGUUACCGUGUAGAUAAUCAACAACAUAUUGAUAAAUACUGUGCAGAAGUGCUCUGAUAAAUCCGGGUCUCAAUUCUUAGCAUACACACCAAGAAAUAAGAGCUGCAGAACCAGGCGCAGCACUUUGAAUCGGGGUUGCCUUGCAUUAAUCACCUUCCAUUUAAUGGAUCUUUGAGAUUUCCAUGCUUGACGCAGUGAGGAGCUGCAGCUCCUUCCUCCGCUCAGGCCGAGUCCAGCCUCCGGAUUUGUCUUUUGGCAGAAAAAAAAAACACCUUCUUGUCUUUGGUGACGGUUACCGGACGUCCAGGGGGUACGGUGAAGCCACUGGAGACAGCGAUCGGGACACGUUUGGGGACCUGGAGACCCUCGCGUUAGAAGAGGUUUGUCACUGACGUUUACAUAUGAAACAAAAGCACGAUGAGCAACAGUACCUGAAGACGACUGUGUUGGACAAGAAUCUUUCAAAAGUGCUCUGGAUAGAAGAGCCGGGACAAGCAUCAGACGGCCCAACUGUCCAUACAUAGCAGAUGUCCAAAGAAGAUAGCCAAGUAAAAGCUUCCAAGAGAAAAUGUCCCAAAUAAUUUAUGGAGUCUGCGUAAUUUUCCAGAAUCAGCAUAUUGCCACUUGUAUUUGGCAUCUUCUACUUUGAUGGGAUCAUUAAGCAGGAGCAGAGUCUGUGAAAUGGAUUCAAAGUCUGAGUGCAGAGGCAGAGAGAAAGAAAGAGAACAAGUCAUACAAGAGGAAAAAGUCACAACCACAUCAUAGAAUAAUGCAGCUUGUACUGUGAAUUUUUAUGGAUGAACUUUUCUAUGAAGAAACAUAGUGAUCAGGACAAUAAACUGUGCCUGGAAAGAGAAAGGCUAAAGCAGUUGUUUCACUGAUCUACUGAGUUAUCAGCAAAAAGCAAGUCUUCCUUGGGGCACCUUUAUGUCCUCUGAUGUUUGAUUUCCUGAGGUCUUCCAAAUGUAACACUUCCUGUCAGACGUUUUAUUUGCUGCCUUGCAACUGAAACCCUCCUGUUGUUUUCUUGAUGUAAUUCCAUUACAGAAGAAUCAUCAUAGAAGGAAUCAAAUACAGCGUAAGUUCUUUUAAAGUACACAAGUUUUCGGGAGUACAGUGAGCAGACAGUGUACGGAAAGACCCGUAUAUAAACAGGGAAGGAAGUGUCAGAUGAAAGGAGCUGUAGCCAGGGACAGCAGAGUGCUAUGAGAAGCACAAUGUGUAAAUUAACCACCAUGGCCAAGGAAAACAGGACACGAUUAAGAAACAGAAGUAUUCCAAGCACAUAAAGGACAAAUGAGCCUCAAAACAAACUAACAUUUGUAGUCCUAUAGAAAAAAAUGAACGUACAAGAAAGAGAACUCUGCAAAGAAUUAGCUUAAUUUCUUAUGUCUACCUAUGCUGGCAUUUGUUGAUAUGCACACUGUGAUUACAGCCAUUUGAUUUUAUUAUGGAUACUACAACUUCCAGAGAAAAUUUGGCAUGAGGCAUGAACAAUGUUGGCUAUUUUUGUUCAAGUGAUGAUUGUUGUGGGCUGCAAGAAUUUUUAUAACUGUAAAAUAUGAGAGCCUGAGGUUCAUCUCUGUAGUCUUCGACUUUAACACACUGACUUGUUUACAUUGUAUCUCCUGAGAUUCACUUUUUGUGCCAGAUACUUCCUUUGACUAUGGCAGAAAAAAGUAGGAUCAUUCCGAUCGUCAUAUGUUUCUGGGUGGCAUUUUUAUCAUGGCUGUACACGGCUGGGGUACGAGCAGACUGCUGGUUAAUUGAAGGGGACAAGGGAUUUGUCUGGCUAGCUAUAUGCAGCCAGAACCAGCCACCAUAUGAAUCCAUACCUCAGCAUAUCAACAGUACUAUUGUGGAUCUAAGGCUCAAUGAAAACAAAAUUAAGAGUGUUUACUAUUCUUCCUUAAGCCGUUUCACCAACCUCACCUACCUGAACCUAACCAAAAAUGACAUUUCCUAUUUGGAGGAGGGAGCAUUUUCUGCCCAGUACAAUCUGCAAGUACUACAGCUAGGUUAUAACAGACUGCGCAACAUUACUGAGGGUAUACUACGUGGACUGACUAAACUGGAAGAACUCUACCUUCAGUUCAAUUUGAUUGAAACUGUGUCUCCUAAUGCCUUCUGGGAAUGCCAAAAUAUUAGGAACCUUGAUUUGUCUAUGAACAGAAUACAGAAAAUAGAAGCCAGCACUUUUGUUGGUCUCAGUAAACUAGUUACUUGUGAGUUGUCCUCCAAUCCUUUUUAUUGCUCAUGUGAGCUACUAGGCUUCCUCAAAUGGCUUGCCAUUUUUGUCAAUAUGACCAGGACGUCUGACCGAAUGCAGUGCGAUGCUCCACCUGAAUAUGCUGGCUACUCCCUUGUCCUUAGCAACAGCAGGACUAACCCACGGAUUGCACUGAACAAACUUUCUAAUUUAUGCACAGAUGGGACAUACACUGCACCCAGUUACAUCCACCAAGGAUUCAGCUUGACCACUAUGCCUUCUGAAGCACUGUGUACUGAAGAAGAAUGCUUCUCUGGUGAUGGACCGACCCCUUUUACCUCUUAUAAUUCUCCUGUAAUUGACCAAGGCCCAAAGCCUCAACUUCAGAUUAAGGAUAUCUCCAAUAACAUUGUCAGAUUAUCUGUCACCAUUCCAAAUCACUUCAAAAAAAUGUACAUAUUAGUGGAAUACAAAAAUAAUUACCACAGCGAUGUUCAGAAUCUGUCAAAUGAAAACCAGAUUAUUACACUUAAAGAUCUUGAGGAAGCUGUGAACUAUACUUACUGUGUGGUUUCAUUGCAAAACAGUGCCAGGUACAAUCACACUUGUUUGUCAUUUAAGUUACCAAGCAAAAUCAGUAAAGAAGUGAUUACCCCAAACCAGUCAACUGCCACCCACUACAUAAUGACCAUUCUGGGCUGUCUAUUUGGUAUGGUAAUAGUUUUAGGAGUAGUUUAUUACUGUCUUCGUAAGAAGCGGAUGCAAAAUGAAACCCACAAAAAAGCAGCAAUGAACAUGAAAAAGACCAUCAUCGAACUGAAGUAUGGGCCAGAGCUGGAGGGCACUACCAUUACCCAGUUGUCUCAAGGUCCACUUCUGUCAGGAGAAUCAAUGCCACGCAUGCCUUUCCUUUCCUCAUCUGCAGAAAUGGAGCAGUACAAAUUACCAGACACAAGUGAAACCCCGAAGACAACAAAGGGGAAUUACAUGGAAGUGAGGACUGGGGAACAGCCUGAAAGGCGAGACUGUGAUAUUGGCCAUCCACCUGACAACCAGAGCUCUGUUGCUGAAAUUUCAACAAUAGCAAAAGAAGUAGACAAGGUUAAUCAGAUCAUUAACAAUUGCAUAGAUGCCUUGAAAUCCGAGUCAACCUCUUUUCAGGGUGCAAAAUCUGGGGCAGUCUCCACAGCAGAACCUCAACUGGUGCUUAUAUCAGAACAAAUUCCAAGCAAAUCCAGUGGCUUUCUGUCUCCUGUCUACAAAGAAGGUUACCAUCAUCCUUUGCAGCGGCAUCAUAGCAUGGAAACUACCCCCAAGAGGCCAAGUACUUCUUCCAGUGGCUCAAUGCGCAGCCCACGGUCAUUUCGUUCGGACAUCACAGGGGCAGUUGCUUACAAAUCUGAAGCUAAGUACAUUGAGAAAACAUCUCCCACAGCAGACACUAUAUUGACAGUGACACCAGCAGCUGCCAUUUUGAGAGCUGAAGCUGAAAAAAUUCGACAGUAUAGUGAACACAGGCAUUCUUUUCCUGGAUCACACCAAGCUGAACAGCAAGAUUCUGGCAGCAUACGUAAGCCUUCCAUUCUGGAGCCUCUGACUAGACCGCGUCCAAGAGAACUGGCAUAUUCUCAACUUUCCCCUCAAUACCAUAACCUGAGCUACACAUCCAGUCCUGAAUAUUCAUGCAGGCCAGCUCAGAGCAUUUGGGAGCGAUUUAAGCUUCAUCGCAAGAGGCACAAAGACGAAGAGGAAUACAUGGCUGCAGGGCAUGCUUUACGAAAGAAAGUACAGUUUGCAAAAGAUGAAGACCUACAUGACAUCCUUGAUUACUGGAAGGGUGUUUCAGCUCAGCACAAAUCCUGAUUAUGUUUUUUUUUUUUUUUUUGCAGCAACUGACUUCAGAAACAAACACUUUGGACCAAAAGAAUUCUUUACAUCAGCUAUUUUUAUUCAAACUAUGUUUUGAAAUUUAAAGAGAAAUAUAAAAGUAUAUAUAUUUAUCUCACAUUUGUGAGCUUAUGCACCAAAACAUGGGGAGUUGAAAACUGUGCAGACACAUUAAAAUCAGAAGGUUUUCUUUUUGUUUCAUUUUAUUAAAAAAUGGAAAUAUUUGUCCUUUAUUUUCUUUUUCUCUAGCAUGACCCUGUCCUGUGACUGUGAAUCACUGUUUGUGUAUAUAAAGGACAAAAACAGAAAAAAAGAACAUUCUCUUCCCAAAAAUGUCUGCCUUGACAACAAUGUAAAUAGACUUGAAUCAGAAAUAUUGUUCAUUGAAACAACUCUGCUUUCCUUCUCCCACACAGAAAUGAUCUUCCCGCAUUUGGAUUUGUAAGGCACCAUCUGCAAGUCUUAACAUUACUCUGUACAGAUCAAACAAAAAUUUAUAUAUUUGCAAUGUUCACUGUAUAAAAAUAAUCAUCUGUUUUUACCAGGUUUUAACCAUGGAUUUUAAGAAAAAUUAAUGUUUAAGAUUCAUUUUUUCAAUGUCUCCCAGAACUGAAUGAUAAAAAGUUGCACUGAUAAAUGAAAUGGUACAUUUCUUCUAAAAGGCUCACUGACUGUCUUUCUUUAACAUACAUGUCUUUUAUUAACAUUCAUCUGAGAUCAUGGGCCAUUGUCUAGAGCUGCCCUGUAUGAAACCUUAUUGCUUAUGUACUCUCUUUCUUACAUUGUGACUAUGCUGUAGUUACAUGAAAUGUUAUAAGUGCUACUUAAUUUCUUUUUUAUACAUUCAUUACAGGUAUGUUACAAAAAAUAGCACAAAUAGUAUAUUAAAUUCAAGAACAACAAAUGCAGUAACAAUGUAGGAAAAAUAAUCUUAGAAAUUGCAGUUUUUUUUUCAAACAACCGUAAUUCAUGGUGUAUAUGCUGAGGUAGAAACAAUGAACGAUUAAAGACAUGUUAAAACAUA